GAAAUUGAAGAAAAGAAUCAAGGAAAGAAAGAGGCGCGGAUGAAAGGCGCAGUGGAGAGUGAGUGACGAGGCAGGAGAAUGGCAGCCGGGGUGGGCAGGCGGCCGCGCGAGGGACUGACAGGGACGGCGGCUCCCGGCUGGCGGCGGCGCGCCCCCGGGCUGUGAAUGCGACUCGCCCCUCGGCCGCGCUCCCCGCCCGCCCGCCCGCCGGGACGUGGUAGGGGAUGCCCAGCUCCACUGCGAUGGCAGUUGGCGCGCUGUCCAGUUCCCUCCUGGUCACCUGCUGCCUGAUGGUGGCUCUGUGCAGUCCGAGCAUCCCGCUGGAGAAGCUGGCCCAGGCGCCGGAGCAGCCGGGCCAGGAGAAGCGCGAGCACGCGUCUCGGGACGGCCCGGGGCGGGUGAGCGAGCUCGGGCGCCCCGCGAGGGACGAGGGCGGCGGCGGCCGGGACUGGAAGAGCAAGGGCGGCCGCGGGCUCGCCGGCCGGGAGGCGUGGAGCAAGCAGAAGCAGGCCUGGGCCGCCCAGGGCGGGGGCGCCAAGGCCGGGGACCUGCAGGGCCGGGCCCGCGGGGACACCCCGCAGGGGGAGCCCCCGGCCGCCGCCGCCGCCGCCGCCCAGGACGCGGCCGGCCCGGACCUGGCGCCCACGCCGGAACCGCCGGAGGAGUACGCGUACCCGGACUACCGCGGAAAGGGCUGCGUGGACGAGAGCGGCUUCGUGUACGCCAUCGGGGAGAAGUUCGCGCCGGGCCCCUCGGCCUGCCCGUGCCUGUGCACCGAGGAGGGGCCGCUGUGCGCGCAGCCCGAGUGCCCGCGGCUGCACCCGCGCUGCAUCCACGUCGACACGAGCCAGUGCUGUCCGCAGUGCAAGGAGAGGAAGAACUACUGCGAGUUCCGGGGCAAGACCUACCAGACUCUGGAGGAGUUCGUGGUCUCUCCGUGUGAGCGGUGCCGCUGCGAAGCCAAUGGAGAGGUGCUGUGCACAGUGUCCGCGUGUCCACAGACGGAGUGUGUGGACCCCGUGUACGAGCCUGACCAGUGCUGCCCCAUCUGCAAAAAUGGUCCAAACUGCUUUGCAGAAACUGCUGUCAUCCCAGCUGGAAGAGAAGUGAAGACGGACGAAUGUACCAUAUGUCACUGUACUUACGAGGAAGGGACGUGGAGAAUUGAAAGACAGGCCAUGUGCACGAGGCACGAAUGCCGGCAGGUGUAGACAUGGGGCCGUAAAAAACAGACGUUUUUCUAGAAUAUUUUACAGACGUGAACACUCUAGAUGACUCUGGGGAAUGUCAUCCAAAAGGAGAAGACUUUUGAUGAGGAGUGUGCAAAGUUGUGCGUACCUUUUGCGCUUCUCGGUAACCGUUUCCUGCAGAAGAAGGAAAUGGGUCUAUUUCAAAACAUCCACAAGAACUUUGGGCACAAAACCCCCUCUCUAAAUAAAUGUGCUAUUUUCACAGUAAGUACACCGAAGUACACUAUUAUAUAUUAAAUGUAUUUCUAUAAUCCCUCUAUUAGAGAGCUUAUAUAAAUGUUUUCUAUAGAUACAGAUUAAAAAUGCUGUGUUGUCAACCGCC